AUGAAUAAAGAGCAGUUAAAGGAACUACUUGAAGGCCUAACCGAUUCCUUCACCCAAGUCGCAAAUACAAUCACUAACGUAAAGAAGGAACCAGGAGAAAGAAGAGAAUUGACCCAUGCCAAACCUAUAAGGCAACACUUCUACAGAACGUCCCCAGAUGAACAAGAAUUCAUCGAUAAAGAAUUAGUAGACAUGGAAAAGCAAGGUCUAAUACAAAAAUCCAAAAGUCCGUGGGCCUCGCCGGUGGUAAUCGUUCCUAAGAAAGGCGAGCACCGAGCUGGUAGGAUCCAUAAUAACGCUGACAGCCUUUCUCGUAGCCAAGAACCUAAGAAAGAAAAACGAAAGUUUAAACAGUUAGUAGAAAAAGACAAAGAACAAACAGAGUUAGAUUGGUUAAUAAAUUUGGCAGAAUAUGAUGAAUAUGACAAGUAUAACAAUUAUUGGACUGAAAGCGAAGACUCCAAUAAGGAAUGGACCGAACCAGACCCCAACAUAACCUAUGACUAUGAAACCGAAUGGGACUGGUGGAAUAUAAAUAAGAAUGAAGAGUUAGAGAACUAUACCGAAAAAGAAGCUGAAUAUGAAGAGUUAUUAAGGGCACUUACAAUCGAAUCAAGUAGAGCAAUAACCUGGUCAGAACAAAACGGCUAUCAGCAUAUGGUAAACAACAAACAGGAAAUAAACGAUACACUAAAAAAACUAGACGAAUUAUAUAACAUAAGUAUACCCACCUGGGGAAAGAUUGGAUUAGAACUCUAUGCCACCGAAACCUUUAUUCAGUAUUAA